CGAAGGAGGUGAACAAGGAGCAUUGGAGGAAAAGGCCGAGAGAGAGAGAGAGUGACGAGGCUAUGUGCUCGGUGUGGCGGAACGGAACGUGACUUAUAAUUAGGCUAAACUGAGGGAUAACUAGUCAUUAAAAUCACCUCCAUUAAAAUUAGGGAGGUGACUAAGAGUAUUGAAUCCGGCGAUGUUUGAAUGUGAGAAGGAUGCAUGUGAGAAGGAUGCAGCGGGAGAGCAGCUGGGUCGAUUCCAAGACUGGACUACUGUGGGAGCAGACGAGGCUCGGCAGGAUUCGACGACGAAAUUUAUGACGAGGUUUCAGUGUUCAGCGUGUAUGUUCGCGAUUUCCUCUACGCGAGUAGCUGCAAGUCUGCGCAUUAGAAAAUGCGCGACAUGCGAUAGAGAGUGCUGCUCCCUGUUGUGAGUCAGAUGGACCAGCUCUGAAGCAUCUAUUUACAUAGACGAGAAUCGCACAUCAAACUUCUAUG